AUGAUCAAGUCAAAACGUGGAAGAAAGCCCAAAGUAAAACCAAUUGAAACAAAUGCUAAAAAUGAAAACGAAAAUAUUGAACCUACAACGGUCAAUUCAUCUCCUGCCAAAAUCACCGAAACAACAACUACUAAACGUGGUCGUAAACCAAUAAAUCCUAUUGAGAAUAAUAUUGAAGUUGUUUCUCAAGCUGAAGCAACGGCCUCUACUACUACUAGACGUGGUCCUAAACGAAAAGAUGAAACCAAUAACGCAAAUACUGUUAACUCUAUUGGAACCAAUAAUGCCGAUAAUACAAAUACUCAGCCUACUACAACUCAUCGAAAGAGUAGGAGUAAAGGAAACAUUAAUGUUACAAGCGAAACACCUACCAACACCAAUUCUGAAAAUAAUAAUGCUGGCACUUCUAAUUCUAAUGGAACCAAUGCUGAUACUACAAAUACUCAACCUACUGUAACCCUUCGAAGGGGCAGGAGCAAAGGAAAGAUUAAUGUAACAAACGAAGCAUCUAGCAACAUCAAUUCUGAAACAAAUAAUUCCAGCGCUUCUAAUUCUAACGGAACCAAC